AUGCCGGUGGCCGUGGGUCCCUAUGGACAGUCCCAGCCAAGCUGCUUCGACCGCGUGAAGAUGGGCUUCGUGAUGGGUUGCGCCGUGGGCAUGGCGGCGGGGGCGCUCUUCGGCACCUUUUCCUGUCUCAGGAUCGGAAUGCGGGGUCGGGAGCUGAUGGGCGGCAUCGGAAAAACCAUGAUGCAGAGUGGCGGCACCUUUGGCACAUUCAUGGCCAUCGGGAUGGGCAUCCGAUGCUAA